AUGCUUCUUUUCUAUUUAAUUCAACUCGUCAUUUUUUACCAAUUAUCAACAGCUUUCCCAAGAAAUUUUGGCAAUCAUGAUAUAUCAGCAAAAGAAAGUACGGAUGGCAUUGCACGAUUUUUUAUUAUUGGAGACUGGGGUGGUGUACACGUUCCGCCAUAUAAAACACCGUCCGAAAUUGCUGUAGCUCAUGCUAUGGGUAAACUAGGCAAAACAUUUAACACAAGCUUUCAGCUAGCAUUAGGUGACAAUUUCUAUAGUCAUGGUGUACAAUCAGUUACCGAUCCAAGAUUUAAACAUACAUUUGAGGAUGUAUUUACAGCUGAAUCAUUACAAACACCUUGGUAUGUUGUAGCUGGUAAUCAUGAUCAUCUUGGUAACGUUUCAGCAGAAAUUGAAUAUAGUAAAAUCUCACAUCGAUGGACAUUUCCAGAUUAUUUCUAUGCAUUCAGUUUGAUGCAAAGUGAUAAACAAAAGAAACUAGUCGACUUUGUCAUGAUCGAUACUAUUUUACUUUGUGGAGGUGGAAAUCUAUCUGAUUGGGAAGAUACUCCAUUAGAUGGUCCUAAAAAUAGUCGUGUAGCUGAAGCUUAUUGGCAAUGGAUUGAAGGAGAACUUCGACAAUCAACAGCUCCAUAUUUGCUUGUGGGUGGUCAUUUUCCAGUUUAUUCAGUUGCCGAACAUGGUCCAACUAAGUGUCUUGUUGAUCGUCUUCGUCCAUUACUCCAUCAAUAUCAUGUAACAGCAUAUGUUUGUGGUCAUGAUCAUAAUCUUCAACAUCUAGCUGAAGAUUUGGAUGGAUCAAAAAUGAACUAUUUUGUUGUUGGUGCUGGAGGUGUCGUUGAAAACAGUCAUGCCCAUGCCAGUAAUGUUCCUGCUGAUUCACUCAAAUAUUUCUGGGGUGGCGAUAUAAUUCUUGGUGGUUUUGGUUUAAUGGAAAUCAACAGUACUCAAAUGACCUUUUCAUUUAUUGAACACACAGAAAAAACAUUGUAUCAAACAGUAUUGAAGCCUCGGGUGUAA